AUGAACGACUCUGCUGUGUCCGCUGCAAUCUUUGGCGCUGGCGUCGCCGUGCUCAUCGCCGUGCACUGGCAGAGGCAGAAAAAGCGCGGGCAGAAGCGCCUGCAGGCGCUGGAGGCCCUCGUCGAAAACCAGCAGUCGCAGCUCCGGCUCAAGGAGCGCGAGCUAACGGCGCUGCGGGCUCGCGGCGUAGCGGGCGCGCUGGUACCCCAGCCGCUGCACCGAAUCGUCCUGACGGGCGGCCCAUGCGGCGGCAAGACCACCGCGCUGGCCAAGCUCCGUAUCCGGCUCGAGGAGCUUGGCUUUCUGGUGCUGACGGUGCCCGAGACGGCGACGAUGCUCUUCUCGGGCGGCGUUCCGCUGCCAAGCGACGAGGCGUCGGGCUUCGCCUUCCAGAAGCACCUGAUGCAGGUGCAGCGCGAGGUCGAGGACGCCUUCAUCGCGCUGGCGAAGGGGUCGGGUCGCCCGGCAGUGGUGCUGCUCGACCGCGGCUUGAUGGAUGGCAAGGCGUACAUGGAGGAGGAGCAGUGGGAGCUGCUGCUUGAGGAGCUGCAGCUGACGCCGGUGAUGCUUCGCGACCAGAGGUACGACGCCGUUGUGCACCUCGUCACCGCCGCCGACGGCGCCGCCCCCUUCUACAGCCUCGCCAACAACGAGAGCCGCACAGAAUCCGUCGAGGCGGCGAUCGAGGUCGACCGGCGCACGCUCGACUGCUGGACGGGGCACGAGCACCUGUACAUCGUCGACAACUCGUGCAGCUUCGAGGAGAAGAUCCGGCGCGCGGCGGUGACGCGCAAGUUCCUGCUGCAGCGGCUGCCUCGCGAGGAGGAGCUGCGGAGGCACGUCUCGCGGUACGAAGUCUUCGAGGUCGGCGUCGAGGGCGACAGCGACCAGAAGGCGGCGGCUAGAAGCAGCGACCAGAAGGCGGCGGCUUCGCCGACACUGAUCGAGCGGACGCUCACCGGCCGGGAGUACCUGGUGCUGCUCAAGCAGGCGGAGCAGUCAGCGGACCCGGCCUGCGCCUCCAUCAAGAAGACGCUCACGUGCUUCAGCUGGGGGAACAGCUACUGGGAGCUCAACUCCUUCCACGGCGCGCGCCAUGUCGCCAUCCUUGAGGUGGAGGCCGAGUCGCGAGAUGCGCCAAUCUCGCUCCCACCGGUGGUGGACGCCAUCCGAGAGGUGACGGCAGAGCCGCACUAUGACUCGCACGCCAUCUCGCGCCGCGUCGCUCAGACGGCAGCGCCCGACGAGCUCGUCGCCACGCGCGCGCCAUCGUCGCACGCGCAGCUGCAGGAGAGGGUGGCGGCCCGCGUGCUCGCCGCCGUCGAGACGGAAGCGCUGCCCAGCAUGCACGCGAGCCCGCCGGCGCUGUCGCCCAGAGCUCGUCUGCGCACGCCUUCGGAGCCGGCGAUCCCGGAGGAGCUGCACGACGAGAGAGGCUGACUUGGAGGGCCACUGUCGCCCGCCUUCUCUUAGACAUUUGGAGGGGACGCGAGAUGGGGUACACUCGUUUUGUGCAUAUCGCGGCGCGAGAUCCCGCGCGCGUGCGCAGAUCCGGAUAACAGGUCUACAGG